AAAGCUAACCACGGUCUGGUCUGGUCUGGUCUGGUCGUUGCCAUUCGCGGUCUUUUUCAGCUUCCGCAUCUUUCCGGAGAAAACGCCGGAGAGAAUGGCGUCAUGGCAUUCUCUUCCCCUCGAAAUCUCAUACCAGGUUCUGGGUUGGAUCGCCUUUUUCUCUUGGUCUUUAAGUUUCUACCCUCAAGUCAUCCUCAAUUACACGAGGAAAAGUGUGGUGGGGUUGAAUUUCGAUUUCCUGGUGCUGAAUAUGACGAAGCACUCUUCGUAUCUCAUCUACAACGUGGCACUCUUCUUCAGCCCCGUUAUUCAAAGGCAAUAUCGUGAGAAGUAUGGUUAUGAUGAGAUGAUUCCUGUUGCUGCAAAUGAUGUUGCUUUCUCGAUACAUGCUGUUCUAUUGACAGCAAUAACCCUGUACCAAGUUCUCAUCUAUGAACGUGGAAACCAGAAGGUCUCCAAGACCUGUCUUGUAAUCUCUUCCGCCGUGUGGGCUGUUGCUGUAGUUUGCUUGAUCAUAGCUUGGCCAAGCCAAUCUUGGCUUUGGCUCAUCUCUGUGUUCAACUCAAUACAAGUUUUCAUGACAGCCAUCAAAUACAUUCCUCAGGCCUGCAUGAACUUUGGUCGGAAAAGCACAGAAGGAUGGAGCAUUGGCAACAUUUUACUUGAUCUACUUGGAGGCGUGACAAAUUUUGCACAGAUGGGUGUGCAAUCUUUAGACCAGGGUACAUUUGUAAAUUUUUAUGGUAACAUUGGGAAGACCUUGCUUUCCUUGGAAGUGGUCUUUUUCGACCUUCUGUUCAUCUUCCAGCAUUAUGUGCUGUAUCGUCCCCUAAGAGAGAAGCCUUCUUCCACAGUUGAUGAAGAAAUUACAGCCCCACUUGUGAAGUCUUCUGGUUCCUCCCAAGCAGCUGAUGUUUAAAGGCAGUCCUGUCUUUUGCGUGGAAUGUGGUAAGAAUAUCAACAUAGUUCACAUGUCAUCUGACAUUUUAUUCCUGUUUGAAAAUCCAUAUGUUUGCAAAAAGCUGUAGAUUUGGUUUCCUGCUUCAUCAACUCUUCAUAUAGUGUAUAUCAUGGACACAUUCCUGGGAUGGGAUGAAAUAGUUAAAGAAUCAUUAUACAUUGGUGUUUGAUAUAAGCAAAAUAAAGGUGUUUAAAAUCGUUCAAGCA